UCAGACAUCGAUACAUAUAUAAGAGUAGCGGCAGCGGCGGAUCCACGGCAUUAUUGCGUAUUUCCAUAGCGCCCACCAGCAAAGUAAGUGGCAGUAAUAGCCACGCAUUGACGGCUGAACUGACGCGACUCGCCACGCCACGCCAUGGUGGAGUCUUCGGCCAUUGGCCGGCCACUGACUGGAUGUGCGAAUCCACAGCAGCCGGCAACAGCCGCCAUCACCGCCGCGCAGCAUUCGCCGUCCGGCAUGCGUUGCGGCACGUUGGAGACGCGCGUGCGAGGCGCAUGGUAUCGGGUGCUGGUGACGCUCGAAACCGACUUUCUGGCCAUUAGUUUGGACGAGUCCUGCGAUGCGGCGGCCGUCAGCGUGGACCAAUCGACCACACUGAACGGCACUUUGGGCAGCAACCACAGCGGUCAUAAUGGGUCCAUACCCUCAUCGGCCUCCAUGCAGGGCAUGGGCGGCACGGGCAGCGGAGGCGACACGGAUUGUACGGAUAAUGGUGGUGGCAGCGGUAACAGCGGCGACCAUCUGCUGAACAAUAAUACGUUGGACAAUGGACUGGAUAUGUGCGAUGUACCUGAUCAUGUGGCCAAUCAAAAGAGACAUGUGCGCAUCAUUAAAUCGGACAACAACGGUCUCGGCAUUUCCAUUAAGGGCGGUCGCGAGAAUCGCAUGCCCAUAUUGAUAUCGAAAAUUUUCCGCGGCAUGGCGGCCGAUCAGGCCAAGGGCCUGUACGUGGGCGAUGCCAUCCUGUCGGUGAACGGAGAGGAGCUGCGCGAAGCAACACAUGAUGAGGCGGUACGCGCACUGAAACGAGCCGGUCGCGUCGUUGAUUUGGAAGUGAAAUUCCUGCGCGAAGUGACACCGUACUUCCGAAAAGCCAGUAUUAUCUCCGAAGUGGGUUGGGAAUUGCAGCGCGCCUUUCUGUGUCCUUUGGGUCCAGGAGCGCCUACAUCGCCGCCAGCGCCGAAGAUUACACCGCGCGCCGAUACGCGUUACAUACCGUUGCAGUUGACGCACUUGGCGCGCAAUCUGAAAUACAUCGAUCCCGAGAACCGUUGCAUCGAAUUGCAUUCGCCGGACGGUGUGCACUCGUGCAUCCUGCGCGCCACCGACUCAGCCGAGGCGCUGAUCUGGUUCAAUGCGCUGCACUCGGCGAUGUGCGGCAGCACACAGCGCGCCCUCACCGACGCCAAUCGUGCGCUGAUGAACGUCAUCGGGGAGCUGAAGCACAUCGGCUGGCUGAGCAGGCGUUUGAGUGGCGGCAGCACCAGCGGAGGCGUCGGCGGCGGCGGAAGCUCUGGCAGCGGGGGCGGUGGUGGCGGCAGCAGUGCCAGCGCUAUUGGUGGCGGCGCAGGCGAUUUGCCAAGCGGACGUUCCAGCUCGGAGAGUUCCGAUGAAAACGACAAAUGGCAACCCAUCUUUGUCGCAGUCACCGAGCGCGAAUUCAGAAUUUACGAGUCCGCUCCGUGGUCAGUGGAGGCAUGGGGACGUCCGCUGGAGAGUUUCGCAUUGGCAACGACAAGACUGGCUGGCGCUGGCAAUAAUUCAUCUUUGAACGGUCAACAGACGACGGUGUUUUGCGUACGCUGCGGCACCACCCGCGGCGUUUUGGUCUAUUGGCUGCGCUCGGAGACGCAUCGUGACAUGGCCGCGUGGGCGCGCGCUCUGGUGCAAGGCUCUCACAACGCCGUCAACUAUCAGCGUGAGUUCUCGUUCCGCUGCCUCUACCAGGGCAGACAGUGUCAAUUGGUUGUGCAUUUGAAUCGUGGCUUUUGCCUUUAUGACUGCAGCGGCUUCUCGGCGGCGGCGGCGGCGGGUGUUGUCGUGCCGCCCAAUCAGACCAAAACGCAGCUGUGGCAAUUUCCGUUCGACAAAUUGAAGGGCUCCGCGGACGACGGCAUACGCAUGCUGUUCUUGGAUUUCGGCGAUGAUGGCGAAAUUGAACUCGAUAUGGAGUGCUGUCCCAAGCCGGUGGUCUUCGUGGUACACAACUGCCUUUCGGCGAAGGUGCACUCGAUCACCUAAGAGCAGUCAGCGCAAGCUCUGACGUAAGCAAAAUCUACUUUGAAAGAGCGACAUAACCUUACGAAAGUACUAAGGGCGGUGAGCAGCAGUAAACGUAGUAAAAAUUUUUGUAAUUUCAUACCAAACACCGAAGAGUGAAUGCAGUGGAAAGGAAGUGAGAACGUUUAUGCUCUGUGCAAAAGACGAUUGCCAGAGUAUGGUAAUGCAAUAUAUCAAAUUUACUUAGCACUUAAUUAUAACGUAAUUAUAUAAUUAUACUUAAUACAAUUGUGGUAAGCAUAAGUAGAUUUGUAUAGCAUAUGUUAAACCGUUGAUGAUGGCGAUGCAAAAGUCGAAUGGCGAUCAGAUUUUGAGCUUUUGAGAGCGUGUGUGCUUCCUUAUGUCGUACGCGUAUAAGGUGGAAAAAACUAGUCUUCAGAAUUCUUCAGAAUACUCAUUAUAAAAUGUAAAAAAUCAUUAUCAAUAAGUACAUUCAUGCAUGCAUAUUUACAUAUUUACAUAUAUGUAACGUAUUCAAUUGUAUUCAUAUACACACACAGAUGUACUAAGUCACUCAACGCCACAGAUUUCCAGCUUUAAGGUGUUUCGGAGCGGCACUUUCAGAACACACACUUGCCGCGCUGCAAUUCACACUUGCUCAGCCUACAGGGUUGCAUAUUAAUUUAGAAUAUGAAUUUGGUGUCAACGGAAAUUGUGGAAUUUGAAAUUAAAACGCACAAAAAAAAAAAACGUGGGAAAGUGUUUAAAGUUUAGAUUCAAUAAAAUGUAAGCCGAAAAAACUAUGUAUGUAUGUUUGUAAAGAAAAAAAAAACGAAAAAAAAACAAAAACCACAAAUGGAAUGUGUAAAAAAGUAAUCCUUUUUCAAAUUUGCAUAAUUAAAUUG